CUUCAUCUACGCCAAGAUCUGCGCACGUUGUCAAAAUUUACACAAGAAUUUUGUUUUUCCCAAUUUUGUUUUAGUUUAUAUCAGAGAUUUAUUUGAAAAGUGCUACGAUUAUAUAUUUUUCUAUAAUUCAGUAUUCAGUCUAGUGUUUAUCUGAUUUUUGAAAGUAACGUCUAAAAUGGAAAUGUUAAAUGAUGAUUCCUUCGAACUGCGAGCAGAAGCUUUCAAGAUACAAGAUAUAGUAGAAGACGUAUCUUAUAGCGAAAUAUUUACAUUUUUAAGAUCCAGCAUACCCCUAUCGGAAGUUAAUAAUCGUUGUCUGUUUGCUUUAAGGCAUUUUUUAGUUGAUAAAGACGUUUCAGAACAAAAUGAUUCAGAAGACAUUAAAUACGACUGUUUUUUAUUAAGGGGUUUGUUUAAAAAUGUAUCCAAUGCAGAAAUUUUAAAGUUACUUAGAAUCCUAGGCCCUAUACCAAAAAGGAGAAAAAUAACUGCAAUGCUAUUGUUUAAUAAAUUAUCUCAGGAAAAUGUAUUAAAGAAAAGGAAAUGUGAAGAAAAUGGGCUUGAGAAAACGACAGAUAAUAAUAAUAAAAUACUAAAACAAGCUGAUAGUAAUUUAUUUUCUACAAAUGUACCUUUAACCAAUGGAGAAUUAGAAGGGGUUCAAGAUCAAAAUAUGGUUCCUCUAAAACUUAGAAUAAAGAAUUUCACAGAUAACAAUGGCAAUAAGCAAUUUUUAGUGGCUUCACCAACUAAGAUACCAAACCAAUCUUUAAAAACAGAUUAUCAAUAUGAUUUGCUGAAUAAUGGAUUAAAUGAUAAUAGAAAUUACUGUGAAAAUCAGAAUCACCCAUGUGAAAAAAUUGCUCCUUUUAACGAGGUAAAAUCUUCAAAGCCCAGCUGUUCAUUUACUACAACGUUUCCUAAUGAUCCAGGUCCCUCUUGGUUUUAUCCAGAUCCUAUCCCAUUUACUAAUAAAGAGAAACCUGAACCUUUAUCGUUAAAUCAUUCGCCAAUCAGUAAUCAGUAUAAUGACUCAAUAUUCUUAGAUUUAAGUCAUGAACUAGCUCUAUCGUCUUCUCAUGAUAGGCCUAGCGAGCCAACCGGUCCAUUAUAUGAAACUAAAAACCCUGUCCCGUCCUCAUUUAGUGGUUCAGCUUAUAAACCAACUUCACCUGAAAAACCAAGUAUUGUACCUAUUAGCAAUAGCAUAAAUGAAAAGUCUAGUGUGCCAUUAAAUUCAAUGCGUUCAAAUGAAAAAACAAGUAUUUCUUCAACUAACGAAUACGGUGAUCACUAUAUGGCAAGACCUUCAUCAGUAAACAGUUUGGAUCGAAUUGAACCAAUGAAGAAAACUACAGACUAUAUUAAUAAUUUUUCGUUUAAUGGAGACAGUUUUCACAUGGCAGAUCAAGGAUUAACAAAUAGUUUGAAUCCAACUGAACGAAUAAAUACAAUUACGAACUAUAUUAAUACUGAUUCAUUUAGCGCUUCAAGCUCGCCAAGCGUUCGAGAUACUGAAUCGGAUAGCACAGACCGAUCAUCUGAAGACACAAUAGUCGAUAAUGCCGAUAAUGUAGGUAAUGACGACGUAGUAAUUAUAAAUCAUACUGACGAUUUGACAACACCGCAAAUCCCUAAAGAGGAACUCGUCGUCGACGAGAAACUGGUACUGAAGUUGAUCGAGAUGUUUCCCGACGCGUCGCCCGAUUAUAUUCGUAACUUGUGUCACAAUAAAAAUUGGAACGGAAUGGUGUUUAACGAGAUAGCAGGCGCCAUACUGGACACAGGAGGUAAUUAUCCGAAAAGACCGCCAAGAGAACCGUCUCCAGUGGUCGAAAUGGAUGAAAACGAACAAUUGGAGACCCUAAAGGCCCUUUUACCCGAUGCCGACCCUAUUUAUUUAGAGGGCAUCCUUUAUACCCUCGGCGGAGAUCAGGACGCGUUGAAACGCUUUAUAGACGAUUCUCUAGAGAAUCACCAAUACCCCACAAUGAAGGAAUAUUUAAGGAAACAACAAAUCUCGGCGCAACAGAAGCAAUACACCACGGAGUUCGAUGUGAUUCGCUUUAUGGAACUGUUUCCCGACCCUGUAUCAGUAUUCGAAGAUCCCAAUAGGAAAAGCACUGUUUCGACGUCGGCCGACAGAUUUUACGUCAGUUGGUUCAUGCGAAAGAAGUUCAAUCAACUGUACGUGAGGGACGUGGAUCAUUUGGUCAAUCAGCACGUCAAUAAGAAUAUUAUAUCUGUGAUCACUGCAUUAGAAAAUAGGAUUAAUCAAGGCUGUUUAAAAAAGUCGAAAACGGUGACGUUUACCAAGAUGGAUUCUCACAAUAUACCGCUAUUACAAGAGUUAGCUUAUUUCGAUCAUAAAGAAGAAAUUUUGCAACACAUUAAAAAGCAAAAGGCUGAGGACGAAUUGGCGCGCCAAAAUGCGAAAGAGCUGGGCCUGCUGCAGGAGUGCAACUGUUGUUAUGACAACGAGAUAAUGCUGAAAGACAUAUUAACCUGUACCGGGGGAUGUCGAUUCUGUCGCGAUUGCAUCAAGAGGGGCGUGGAAGUGGCCUUCGGCGAGGGCAAAAUCGAUUUCAAGUGCUUCAACUCAGAAUGCGACGCCGAGUUCGAAUUGCAAGUGUUGCAGAACGUUUUGACGCCGAAGAUUUUCUCCAAGAUAGCGCAAAAGAAAGCUCUAGCCGAAAUCAAGGCGGCCGGCGUGGACGAUCUGGAGUCGUGUCCGUUUUGCGAAUUUGCCACCAUUCCCGCGCCCGGUGACAAGCUGUUCCGCUGUCUCAACCCCGAGUGCAUGAAGGAGUCGUGCAGGCAGUGCAAAGAGCCGUCGCACGUGCCGUACCGGUGCGACGAAGUGGAGAAGGAUGAAGGCGUCAAAGCCCGGACAUACAUCGAGAACAAAAUGACUGAGGCCUUAAUAAGGGAAUGCUAUAAGUGCAAAAAGAAGUUCAUCAAGAUAGAGGGUUGUAACAAAAUGACGUGUUCUUGCGGUGCAGUGAUGUGCUACAUAUGUCGACAACCUGUCAAAAGUUAUAAACAUUUUAAUGGUCAAGGAGGUGAUAGACAUGAUUUGUGUCCACUGUACACGGAAAAUUACACAGUCAACGAGGAAGUAGUGAUAAAAGCUGCCUUAGAAGCGAAGAACGAAGUGAACCAGGCUCAUUUAAUAAACGAUCCUACUGCCGACUUAGAGAAGCAUUUUAAAAAGAAAGGAAAAAGUCCUCGUAAGAAUCAUGUUCAUCAUGGUUUUGUGCAACCUCCCCAACUUCCCCAUGUGCCCAAUUUUGCACUGCAGUUUCCGAAUAUGAAUAUAAUUGGAAUAGGCCAGGCGCAACGCGUAGGUGCGCAGCAACUCGCAGCUGCGCAUCGACGCGUAGCUGCGUAUCAGCGACAAAGACACCAUCAUCGCCAAGUAAACCGUAUAUAUGUACAGCAAAAUCCAAAUGUUACCGAUGCCGCAGUACCUUAUCCCCAUAAUCAACAAAGAAACUGAAUAGUGAGAAUUGUAUAUUAUUAAUUACAUUUUAGCGUUACAGACAUUUUUUUUAUUUAAAAGAUAGAUAUACCGGGUGUCCCAGGCUGAGCAUGCAUUAGAAGUUUUUAAUCUUUCGUUUCUAGAUCGGAGA